AUGAGCUCACAUCCAUCCUUCCUUCCAUUAUCCUCGUCGCCUGAUUCACCCAGCCAUCUCUUGCCUCGGCGUCCUAGCUUGGAACCUGACCGCGAUAUCCUUACAACCCGCGGUCAGCGUAUCCGCACGUUCUUGCCCAGUCGCGGGUCCAGCCCAGCUCUACAAGAUCUCAGUGAAGAAUCCUCACCACUUGAUUCUCUCCGACGAGGCCCCUUACUCAUUGGGCACAAAAAUGCUCGUUAUGAAUGGCAGCGCUACUAUCGGUCGCCCGAUUCAUUGAAGGGUCUGCGCAAGUCAGUGCGACAGUACUACGAAAACAAUAACACCUUAAUCUCCCAAUACCUGUACAUCGACCGUCUACUGGAUUCUUCUCUCCCCCACAACUUGAUCGAAGACUACAAUGGAUGUCACCACCAUGCGACCACAGAGCUACCAGAGGCCGAUUCCACAGAGCAACGACCUAAUCCUAAAGAUUCCAGGAUCAAGCGCACCCCUCACAAUCUAUACCGCAUCCCCGAUGAGACCGCACCAUUACUUUCACCCCCAUCCGAUGAAGAAACAUGCACCCACCAUUCCAUACCAGAUAUAGAAUCGCAUGGAGGGAUGUCACCAGAAAAAGAAGAGAAAGUCAUCAACCUAGCGAUUCGCAUCAAUUUUGUCGCGAACGUCAUCCUCCUCGGUUCCAAAAUUGCCAUCAUGGCCUUGACCAGCUCCAUGUCCGUUCUAGCAGGUCUUGUGGAUGGCGUUCUGGAUUUCCUCAGCACGGUCAUUAUCUGGAUUACCAUGACUUUGAUUCAGCGACAAGAUCGCAAUCGGUACCCGAUCAGUCGUCGGCGACUGGAGCCGCUGAGUGUAUUGGUGUUUUCGGUAAUUAUGGUCACGUCUUUCUUCCAGGUAGCUCUCUCUUCUAUCAAUAGGCUGAUGGGGGAAGAUCAUGCUCUUGUUGAGCUCUCCAUGCCGUCCAUUGCGCUCAUGGCUGGGACGGUCAUUGUCAAGCUGCUCUGUUGGAUAUGGUGUCGGUUGAUUCCUAGCCCCAGUGUUCAAGUACUUGCGCAAGAUGCGAUGACUGAUGUCAUCUUCAAUACGUUCAGUAUUAUCUUUCCUCUGGUCGGGACAUUUGCGCACCUUUGGUAUCUCGAUUCUCUAGGUGGUGUUUUCCUCUCCGUUUACAUCAUGUGGAACUGGGGUGAGACGGCGGGCGAGUAUAUUCGACGAUUGACCGGCGCGGCCGCCUCCGCCACCGACCACAGUAUCCUGCUGUACAUGACGAUGCGUUUCUCGCGGGUUAUUCAGAAGGUCCAGGACCUCAAGGCUUACUAUGCGGGUGACAAGCUGAAUGUCGAGGUAGAUUUGGUUGUCGACGAGCAGACUAGCCUUCGGGAUAGUCACGAUGUGGGAGAGUCUCUGCAAUACAUCCUGGAGAGUGUGCCGACCGUGGAUCGCGCUUUUGUGCACCUGGACUAUGACGAGUGGAACCUUCCAAGCCACAUGAACCAGCUGGAUCGUUAA